UGUGUUUGCUCCAACUAUUCUAGAAGAGUACGUUACGUUUUAUGCUUACAGUAGGUUACUCCCCAGAGUUGUUUAAGCGGGCUGCGUUGUUAUUCUUCAAGCUAGCAUGAUAUUGUAUGUAGCAUAGCCACCACUGUUGCAACUAGCUAUUCGCCUUAGUAGCACUUGAAUUCGCUGGAUUGACCAUACAUUAGGAACCCUUAACUGAGCUCUGUCAAAUUACGCUGUCAGGUUUACCACCUUUUAUAUGGUCCAGCAAAUAAUAUCUGCUUCGUGAGUGAGAUUGCUGAUGUUAACAUUUGCUAUCAGCUAAUGUGGCGUUCAGCAGCUGUGUAGUGUUUCGUUAUUUAAUAUUAGCCUUGGCUAUAUUGCCCUCACAUUUAAUUUGUCAAGAGAAUCCGAUGUUAAACACCAUUGCGUGCGACUAGAGGUGUGAACGCAAUGGAAAAGAAGUUGGCGGAGUACAAGUGUGAUACCAACGAGGCAAUAUGUUUGAAGCUAGUUCGGUUUCCAGAGGAUGUAGAUGACGAAGGCACAUCAUUCCAUCCCGAAUACAGCCACCAACUUUAUGGAGAUGACGAGGUGGCUUUUGGGUACAAAGGACUUCAGAUUCAACUAUACUACAGUGCCGGCAGCUUGACAACGCUCUUCAAAGUUAAAUACUCCUCAAAGGUCACAGAGAAAUUUGAAUGUGUUGAGCCGGAUGACGUGGAGGGAAAGAUCCGUGAAAUCAUCCCGCAGGGAUUCUGCGGUAAUACGGACGACUUCAUCUCGCUGCUGGAGAAGGAGGCCAACUUUAAGCCAUUUGGCAACCUGAUCCACACAUACAGCAUCCACAAUGAGGAGGCUGGAGAGGACAUCACAUAUCAGAUCCAUAAAGUGGAACUGGCCAGCUCUGGGUUCCGCGAGUACCACGGGCGGCUGCAGACCUUCCUCAUGUGGUUCAUCGAGACGGCCAGCUUCAUCGACGUGGAUGAUGACCGCUGGGACUUCUUCCUGGUAUUUGAGAAGUACAAUAAGGACGGGGAGACUCUCUUCGCGACUGUUGGCUACAUGACAGUUUAUAAUUACUACGUGUACCCAGACAAAACCCGACCACGUGUAAGCCAAAUGCUGAUCCUACCCCCAUUCCAAGGAGAGGGCCAUGGAGCCCAGCUGCUGGAGACUGUGCACAGGUUUUAUUGCAACUCCCCAAAAGUGCAGGACAUCACAGCGGAGGACCCGUCGGAGAACUACGUGAAGCUGCGAGACUUUGUCCUGGUAAAGCUGUGCCAAGCGCUGCAGUCUUUCUCCGCCGACAAGAUCUCCCUGGGCUUCAGCGAGGACAUGGCCAUCGAGGCGCAGGAGAAGUUAAAGAUAAACAAGAAACACGCUAGGCGGGUGUACGAGAUCUUGCGUUUGCGAGCAACAGACAUGAGCAAUGAGGAGGUGGCCAGAGCAUAUCGACUGGAGGUCAAAAAACGGUUAUUUGGACCCUACAAGAAAAACCAGAGGGAGCUGACCAAAAUGAGGAAGUGUCUGCGGCCAGAGGAGCUGGCGUCCCAGGUGAGCCAGAUGGACACCCAGCUGCAGCACGAGGAGCUGGAGCGAGGCUACCAGGACGUGCUGGGGGAGUACCGCAGGAUCAUCGAGCGGCUAGCGCGGGCCUGAGCCUCACACACCCCACCCCACCCCCAGACCUGGAGCACACACACACACACACACACACACACACACACACACACACACACACGGAUACGCAACCUUAUGUUCUCUACUUAUCGAUUAUGACUGCCGUGUGUGUGUAUAGCAGUGGACUUACUCCCUACAGUGGGAGAGGACUUUCCCCAUGUCCCCACGUGUCGUCACUUGCUGUGUGACAUUUCUGUGAUUUGGUACGUCAUCUACAGGCCAUAGUCACACAUCAUAGACAUCUCAGCCCUCUCAGGAUAAAUCAAACAAAAGAAACAAACAAUGUACUUUUUGUAUGUGAGAACCAGAAAGUAUUUCUUUUUCAGAGUAUAUGUGGUAAAGCUCUUUUCCUCUCUUGUGAAGACGAGUAGAUUUUGAUGCACUUCAUAUUGAAAAUAAAAAAAUGUUUUGUACAUUG